CAGCCAUGGAAGCUUCAGUGCAGAAGCAAAUCGACCGCUUCUGCCGCCAAUAUCUCCAACUGGAGCAGACGCUGGACUAUCCGGAGCCUCAAAACAUCAGACGCUCCGAUGUCCAAGAUGUCAUUUACCAGAGGCUCUUUGCUGAAGAUGCUCUUCCCGGAGGCUCUCCUCCGCUGCGGUACCAAUUGAGAGUGCUCAAAGAGCUCAUCUCCCGCAUUGAGGCCAGCAUCGAAGACUGGGACGAGCAUGGAGUGUCCGACGACCUCAUGUCGUCCCUCUCUGUCUUAUUCUCCGCGCCAGCCCCCAACGAGGAUGAUGCCGUGCAGCAAAAGUACCCCGCUGUCUAUCAUCUCGCAUCACUGCCAGGUCACGAGGCUCACAUCAACCUGUUUGAGAAUCGCGCCCUCAUCGCUGCCGGCGGCACUACGGGGCUGAGGACCUGGGAGGCAGCACUGCACCUAGGACAGCUCCUCUGUCAUGACCCCAGCAUUAUCUCGGGCAAACGUGUCCUUGAGCUCGGCGCCGGGACCGGGUACCUUUCGAUCCUGUGCGUCAAGUACCUGGGGGCGACGCAUGUCAUAGCAUCGGAUGGGUCGGACGAUGUCAUCAAUAACCUGCCCGAAAACCUCUUCCUGAACCAACUCCAAGGCUCGAGUGCCAUACGUCUCAUGGAUCUCAAGUGGGGAUAUGCACUCGUAGGCACGGAAGAAGAGCGGUGGAACGGCGGCCGUCCGCUCGAUGUUGUGCUCGGGGCCGACAUCACAUACGACCCAAGCAUAAUCCCGGACCUUGUCAGCACACUCCUGGACCUCUUUGGCCUGUACCCUCAUGUUGAGGUCAUCAUUGCGGCGACGCAGCGGAAUCUGCAGACGUUCCAGGUGUUUUUGGAACGGUGUCAGGGAGAGGGAUUGAAAGUGGAAGAUGUCUCGUUUGAGAUACCGCCGCGCGAUCAACAGGAAGGGCCAUUCUACAACGACCAAGUAGCCAUUAGGAUCUGUAAGGUUUCCAAAUCAUGACAUACGAAUGUCAUCAAU